AUGAGGCAUCAGAGUUCACCCGAAAAGCAGCUAUAUGAAUCAAGAUGCUUUGACAUCUUCCUUUGUGUGUCGAUUCUCACAAUUUUUUCAUUGCUUGUUCUUGCAUGUGUCUUGAUCAUCGAAUCACACCCAGACCCUCCCAUUGUCCAUGUAAACUCAGUACAAGCUCUCCACUUCAACAUCUCCUCCACAUCUCUACUGACAGCCUGCCUCAGGAUACAGUUAUCUCUGAAGAACCCCAACAAGAAAACAAGUUUCUCUGUUGAGAGCAUCAUGGCAUAUCUGGUCUAUCAGAGGAGAUACUCGUUCUUGUCCACCAACAUCAAUCCCUUCUACCUACAGUCAAGGACCAAAGCUGUGGUUCAUGCAAAUUUUGAUGCAACAUCUAUGUUUCUCAAGAGUAAUGUAAGUAAUGGCAUGAGAGCAGAGUUGAUGGAUCUGGAAGUGGUGAAUUUUGAUGUCAGGAUUUAUGGUAGGGCUUGGUUUUAUCCUAGUUCAUCUUGGUUCUGGGGAUGGGAAAUGAUGUAUAUUCGAUGUAACGAUGUGUUAGUGGGAUUUUCAUCCAACAAAACCAGUGGUACCAUGUUGCAUAGCCCAAGAAGAUGCAAGGUUGAGCUAAUGUUUCAAUCAAAGCGCUAG